UUGCGUAAAAAAUUAGAUUUAUCAGAAGCAACCAAUCACAGCCAGACAAACACAGUUGCCAGACUUGAAGCACGCAUCACCGCACUGGAGAACGAAUUGUCCAAUAAGGAUCAUCUGUUAUCUAAGACACAGGAUUUGCUGUCCAGUGAACAAGAACAAAAGUCUCGAUUACAAGAGCAAUGGCAACGUCAGACACGGCAUUUGGAAAAGGUGGAGAAAUCCUUGGAGAAGGAGUCCGAAGAGGUGAAUAAAGCGAACGAAAUUAUUCGUCGCUUGCAAAACGAAGUUAAAAGCCACCACACCAAGGCCAAGUUACGCGGUCAAGUGGCUGCAGAACAGGAACGUUUACUUUCGUCCAAAGAGACCGAACUGCACGAAUUGCACAUAGAGCUGGAACGAGUGAAAUCCGAUUUGAAGGGAGCACGCGAAACGACAGCUAGUUUGAACAGUCAGUUAAAGAUGAAAUCUGAGGAACUGGCCGAAGCACAGCGAACAAUUAAGACGAAUGAAAAUAUUAUCGGCUGGUUAAAUCGACAGAUUUCUGAAAACCAAAUGGGUCAAAUGCAGCAACGGUUAAGAUCUUCCGGAUUUCCCACUCCAAUUCCACCUUUAUCCAACGGAAGCAAUCGUCUUUUAUCGCCUGCUUUUGGUACGACUGCCGGUUGGCAGUCCUCGACUGGCACCCGUCUGACGAACCAGUUGAUCCCAAUGACGCAGGUCAACAUGAUCGGGAGCACGACCGUGACUACAGCAACAAUGCCCGGGACUUUUACGAACACCACAACGUCAAACUCAACAACCGUUUUGAGUUCGCGCCCAGCUAGCUCGGUGCUCAAUUAUAUGGGUGUCUCUGCAACUGCAGCUUCAACAUUCCCGGUAAGCACAUUGCAUCAAGUACCCGAAUCGGAAAAUGAAACUGAUUAUGGGAAAUCGCUAAAAGUAAUGGACGGUGGUAGUCAUGCGAAUCCGUCCACUCUACCGGCUCCGAUGACCAAAUCCACACCGUUGCACGGGGAUCAUAUUCUUAUGGGCCGAAUCCAUUCUUCCGACGGAACUGCACGAUCUGUGCGACCAAUUUCCAGCGGAGCUAACAGCAUGCUUCCCCCGGAUGUGAGCAGUCGAUUACCCACAUAUCUGCCUUCGGCGUUAGGUAUGCGGUCACAGUCGAAUCCAUCUCAGACGGGUUCCUCUCAGCCGGUCCCACAUAAUCUGUAUUCCGAUCGUGUUGGAUCAGAAGCAACCAAACCGACAACGACAAGCGCCUGCUCCGUUCCGGAUGAAAGUGAUCGUACUUUGCAUCAGCAAUCCCUAUCCUCGGCUUAUUUCCCCAAACCGAUUGGAACGCAAGCUCAUCGCUAA